AUGGAUAACUCAAGUUAUGAAAUUGAAUAUAAUUCUGUCAAUAAGUUUCCUGACGAAACCGUUGAAGAGGUUCUUCCCGCUGUAUUCGACCGCACCACCAAUACAUUCAGAAUCAAAAGAGUGAAUAUUGGAUGGGCUUUGAAGAAAAGCUACACCAUAGCUUACAACGAGAAGAAGCCGGUCGAAAAACUCGCUGAUGGUGAAAGUAUUUACGACAGAAGAAUUCGAAAGUUGUGCGCUGGUGCUUUACGAUGUUUAAGCUUGCAAUGCAAGAGACUUGAAGGGGACAAAGAUCAACGGCCACCCACAAAGGAAAAAGACAGUUAUGGCUACUCCAAAAGGUUUGAAUGCCCAUAUUGUAAGGUGCCAUUGGAGAAGGUUCCUUGUGGUGUUCCUGUAACUUUUACCUUCCGUGUAAAUGACUCUCGCAGAGAAGACAGAGGCAGUACCGUAACAAUGCGUCAAGAAAUAACAGAAACGAAGCACACACACACCAUUUACAAUUCGCUCUAUCUCAAUAGAUACGAAAAGAGGGAGCUUAAUAAGAUGGUAAAAACAAGACCAAACAUCACUGCUGCUGCUGCCAUUUCUGGCAUUGAUCUCUAUACUGGUGAAAUUACGAAAAGUGUCAGAAAAAUUAACAAUUUGAUGGUUAAUCAUGGACGUACUAAGUAUGAGAUCCAAAGAUCAAAGAUCCAACAGGAUCUGUAUACUACAAAAGAAGAUGAUGCUGUAGCUGCGUUCCAAGAUCUUGAUGAGAAGUAUCCACACUUCAUGGAUUCAGCCCAAACUCUCCCUAGCAAUUAUUUUGUAAGCUUUUGCUCACCAGAAAUGCUUCAACGCAAUCUGCCUUUUGCCGACCAACCCAUCGUAACAGAUGUUACAUUCAAGGCCGUCCCAAAGGAGUAUUAUCUUUGCUCAAGUGUCAUAUACAUCGAGCAACUCCAAAAGCAUGUCGUCUUUUAUCAAGCGAUAAUCAAAAGCAACAGCGCUCAAGUUUUCAAGCAGUAUUUUGUUGCCUUGUUUAGAAAGUUCAACAUCAAGCUAGAGCAGUUUUUGGAGCCAUCACGGAUUUCUCAGCUGCACAGCGCGAAGGGCUCAUACUAG